CCUACAACGCGUACUCUCGCUGUUCUCGUUGUUACCCACAAAGCGUACGAAGGAAGGAAUUCUUCAAAAUACAGUAGUGUAGAAUCUGAACUUUGUCAGGUUUAGGAUUGUAGUGUGGGUUCGGCAGAGCAGUGGAUAAUUUCCAUUGCAAUAAAGCACCACAAAAUGCAGCCUGGAGUCCAGAGUCUCGAAAUUGUCAGAGUGUCUAAAAGUUUGUCAGAUCUGAAUGAUCCUUCAACGAGCAGUAGACACGAGAAAAGUUUGGGACUGUUGACCACCAAAUUUGUUACAUUGCUGCAGGAAGCAAAGGAUGGAGUUCUGGAUUUGAAAGUUGCUGCUGAUCAACUUGCUGUCAGACAGAAGCGGAGAAUCUAUGACAUCACAAAUGUGCUUGAAGGAAUUGGUCUGAUUGAAAAGAAGUCCAAGAACAGCAUUCAGUGGAAAGGCUCUGGUCCAGGCAGCAACUCACGAGAUAUAUCAGAACGACUGACGUCGUUGAAGGAUGACCUCGCUGAACUUCGACAUCAGGAGCAGGAGUUGGAUAAGCACAAACAGUGGGUGCAGCAGAGCAUAAAGAAUGUCACAGACGAAGUCACGAAUACAAGGUUGGCUUUUGUCACACAUGAAGACAUUUGCCAUUGUUUCAAGGGCGACACAUUGUUAGCGGUUCAAGCCCCAUCUGGGACGCAGCUUGAAGUUCCCAUUCCAGAACUGGUGGGCCCCACGUACAAAAGACACUAUCAGAUUCAUCUCAAGAGUCAAGGUGGUCCCAUCAACGUGCUGCUUGUGAACAAAGAAACCGAUGAGUCGGAGCCAGUGGCGGUGCAAGUGCCGCCCCCCAAGACAGAACCGAUGGGUGCCACGGCGGAGGGCGCCUCAGCUUCCAUCGUGGAGCAAAUGGCUCAAAACCAGAACUCCGAUCCCAGCCGGCAGACAGACCGAGCUGGAGCAAUGACCAGGGGAAAGCUUCAGCGUUCCCCUGUGAAGUCCCCCCUCAAACAGUCCCAGGCAUCUUCCAUCAUUGAACCUCCAACACGAAUGGCAACACGAUCUUCCCCGAGGAAGAACACAACAGACACAUUGCUCAGCCAACCUAGCACAAGCUCAUCAGAACCAAGCACAAGUGACCCGGGCCCAAGUCUUGACAUGUUCAGCUCGGACCUCCUCUUUGACCCUUCCAAGGGGGAUAUUGAUUUGACUGGUGAAUUAUUGGACAUUGAUCAGCUCAUGUCAACCGAUACUUUGACCCCGCUCCUGUCCCUGAGCCCCCCGCCCAGUGGCCGCGACUACUACUUCAACCUGGACGACACGGAGGGAGCUUGUGAUCUCUUUGAUGUGGACAUCUCCAACAUGCUGUCUUCCUAGUACAGGGCAGGAGCUGCUCUUGUGCCUCGAAAAAUUUGUUGACUCGUUGGACACUCACAGUUCAAGACUUUCACAUGCUCAGAGCCUUAUCACUGCUUAUAAAUGCUGAAUUUUGUAGACUGCGCGUUGUUUGAUUCGGUUGGGGAGUUUUGUGACUGCGUUGCAUUUGUGCGGUUUGCCACUCAUGAGUGCUGUACAGCACUGAGAAACCUACUGCCCUACAUCUUUACAGCUAUGAUUGCUGCAGGUGCUAUAGAUGUGCCCGUAAGACAGAUGUCAUAAUCUUGCACAAGAGGCUUCAUUUUUUUUGUUUCAUUUUGUGGCUUUAAGAGUUUGAUUCUCAUGUUCAUCAUCUUUUUUUUUUUUUUUUUACAUCUCAACUUGUACCAAUUUUCAGUUGCGUUUUUUUUUCUUUUCAAAUUGCCUGUCUCAUCAUCUGUUCCUUUUUUCUUAUUUUAUUUUUAUUUGAUUUGUAGGCCUAUUUGGUCUUUUAUGUUUUUGUGACCACGGAUGUUUUUCUUUUCUUCUCGUUCAACCUAUAGAGUGAUCCACAUACCUCUCAUCAAGACAACUAUUUUUGAAAAUGGAACCAGAAAAAUGUUUACUACAGAUUCAAAAAUUUGCUUUGGAAGAAUAUAUUUUUCCAUUUUAGGCACUGAUUUUUGUAUUUUUGUAAUGUAAAUUUUCUUCAAAUGAAAAGGCUACUGAAACAAAAGCACAGAUGUUUUCCAGUCGUUCUUCAAGUAAGUGACGGCACAUUGUCUUUCAGAUUUCUCUCACAUAGCAAAAUCUGCAGUGUACUUACUGCUAAUGACAUUUAGAUUUUGCUCUCUUGUUUUACCCUCAUACCUUUUGAGUAUUGGGGAGACCACAAAUGUGAGAAAUUCAACAGUUUUGGCAGGCUCAUUUGACAGUAUGCAGUUGUGAGCACUGUAAGACAGUUACCAAAAAUAAAACCUAACAAAAUUCUGCACUUUUGUUAGCACUCUCUCUUUCAAGUUGAAUGACAUUAAGAGAAGCCAAAUUCUCAAAAUAUUUGACUCUCAUAGAUUGCUGAGACUGGGUUUCAAAGUAAACUAAAAAAAAAA